AUGGCUGGGCCGAGUAGUAGCGACUGCGGUGGUGGCGGCAACUUCAGCGGGUUCUACGAGACAUGGUUCGAGCAGCUGCAGCAGCUGGUAAGGCAGCUCCGGAUGUGCCCUAACCCGCCCACCUCCCACGACCACCGUGUCGCCAUCUCGCGUCUGGUGCAGAGCAUCAUGUCCCACUACGCCGACUAUUACCAGGUGAAGUCAGCUGCCGCGGAGCGUGACGUGCUGCUGAUGUUCAUGGCACCGUGGGCCUCUUCCUUGGAGCGAUCCCUACACUGGAUUGCUGGCUGGAGGCCCACCACUCUCUUCCACCUGGUCUACACGGAGUCGAGCAUCCUAUUCGAGUCCCACAUUGUCGACAUCCUCAAGGGCCGCAAGACAGGGGACCUCGGCGACCUAUCCCCGACCCAGUUCCGACGGGUGAGUGAGCUGCAGUGCGACACGGUGAGGGAGGAGAACGCCAUUACCGAUGAGCUCUCCGAGUGGCAGGACGGGGCGAGCGAUCUGGUGGGCUGCUCCACAGAGGAUGUGGAGAGGAAGGUGAGCAAGCUGGUGGGGAUUCUGAGGAAGGCGGACGAUCUGAGGUUGAAGACCGUCAGGCAGCUGGUGGAGCUGUUGACGCCGCAGCAGGCUGUGGAGUUCUUGAUAGCUGCUGCGGAGCUUCAGUUUGGCGUCCGUGGGUGGGGACAAGAGCAGGACGGCCUUCGCCGCUGUUGA